AUGUCUCACAAGCAACUGCCAGGACAGGGAAUGAGUCAAGAGAGGGUGGCAUUCGGCUGUAGGGUAAUUGCAAUUAGAGCGCAAACCACGAUUCCAUCAUGGCAAUCAUUAGAUACCGAGAGUGUUUCUGAAGUUGACGAGUCAUUUGUCAAACCGAUAGACCUUUCUUGCGGACAAAGUUGGGGCUCAGUGGGUGAUUCCUCAACGAAAGAUAAGGUAUCGCAUUGGAUGAUGGUUCCAAUGCAUGUAAUGCAAUGUUGCUCGGGUGUUACCCCCACGUUUGUUCCCCAUGAUGUUCUUAUAUCCCCGGAUCAAGACUCUACCGACCACUACGGGGUUAUGCUGGAGUUAAUCUCAUAA